CGUGAACUUGGGCCGGACUGUCCAGCUGCUGUCAACGCGCAGAGCCCGGCCCGCGCGGCCCGAUGCUUUGCCACCCGUCAGACACGGAGCUGUGGAGCCACUGGCAAUGGACCGCGUACCUGUGAAACAGAAAUGCAGCCGUGAGCGCUAGCUAGACCCCACAGUGCUUGGGCCUGCUGGGCCCGAUGUUCCGGAACUCCAGCGCCCGUCACGGCGGACGGAGAGCCUGGCGGGCCCCCGACCAUGGUCACACUCAUCACUGAGAAGCUGCAGAACCAGAGCCUGGACGACCUUGUCCACAAGAGCUAUGAUGCUGACCCGUGUCCUGCAGAGAGGCCGAGCAGCAGAAGUGUCCAUCUGUUUCCUUUCGAGGCCAGCGAAGACAGCCGCCCCUGGAAGGCCUUGAAUGGAGGAGGGCCCAUCAGAAGCCAGGCAGCCCAGGGCCCUGCACCCUCCUUCCCAGCAGGCCCCUGCGGUGUGAGUGCGGGCCUGGGCGCGGUCAGCGCGGUGGACCUCAGGGAGAGCUCGGGGCCGCCCUUGGCCCCGCCCAGCAAACGACACUGUCGCUCCCUGUCGGAGCCGGACCAGCUGGCCCGCUGCCGGUCCCCAUGGCGCCCCGGUGGCUCCAGGGUCUGGACUGCUGUCUCCAAAAGGCGAUGCCACAGUGGCGGUAGCGCCAGCCUACCGGGGGGCGCCUUUCUGGCGGCUGGUCCCAGCUCAGCCCUGGCACCCCAGCCGACCUCAGCCCACAGCGGCUUUGUGGACAGCGGGGGCGGCGCAGGCCCACCAGGGUGUCCUCCGGGGCCUUGCGCCCUGUCCUCCCGGCGCCGCCUGUCCCUGUCGCAGGAGCACCUGGUGGACGCAGACUGCCCCUUGUCCACGCCCGAGCUGGGCUGGCGGCUGGGCCUGCCCCGGAGCCGCUCGCAGCCCUGUGUGCUCGUGGGGAGGAAGAGCCGGCUGAAGCGCCCGAGGGAGGAGGGCACCCGGUGGCCACGCCCAUCCUUGGACUUUCUGAAGAUGACACGGGUCAGCAUCAAACCAGAGAUAGUGGUCAGAGCAGGGCAGUCGGUGACGAAGGCCAUCGUGUCAGAUUACCCCAGGCCGGCCGUCGUGGCUCUGUGUGGUGGGAUGCAGCAGACGUUAAAAAAUUCAAAAAGUCUUGGCUCCCUGGACUGUGAAGGCGAGGAUGGCGCCACCGGAGCGGAGACAGCCGGGCCCUCCCCCUGCGGCCCGCGGGGCCUCUCGGGCCUCCUCAGCCCUGGUGCCAGGCCCCGCCCUGCCAGCCCCCGCCUGUGGGCCUCCCGGGAGCCAGUGGCCGGUGGGGGCACGAGCAGUGGGGACCCGAGUGACGGGGACAGCGCGGGGGAGGGGGACGCCCUCCCCCUGGGCCACGGCGAGCUGGACCUGGAGCAGAUUGAGAACAACUGAGCCAGCGGGAGGGAGGCCCCGGGGCGGGCUGUCCCCCAUCUGCUCUGGGGUCUAGGCAGAGACCAGGCCACGUGUUGUCUGGAACAUUGAGUGUCAUUUUGAUUCUUUCCUAAAGGAGUAUUUUGCAUUUUUAUGGCGUUUACAGUUCUAGAGAAAGCACCUCUAUUUUGAAAUGAAUUUUCAAAGGGCGUUCGACGACCUGGGGGCGCGGACCCCAGGGUGGGCUGGCUCCUCCGCGAACCCGUGGUGAAGGGCGCUGUGCGUCGCUGAGCUGCGGAGCCCGGCCCGAGGCCUGUGUGCCCCGCCGCCCGCUGCCCACCUGCGGAUCGAGCAGGCCCACUGCUCCCU